UCAGAGCCCACCACUAUCUCCCCCAUCCCCUCCACCACUGAGUCUCCUGGGAAAGCAGCCCUUCGGCCCUUCCUGGCCACACACACAGAGAUGUGCCUUCCUGCCCCUUCCAUAUCAGGCGGGGCUAGACGGGAGUUCUGUCUGCCUUCCUUUCUGAAAGAGCACCUACUGUGUAGAGACCUGUGAUGGGCAGAAGGCCCCUGGCCCUCGGAGGAAGCACCAUGCAGAGGACACGGGGAGGAUGGAAGAGCAUCACGUGGAUCUUACUGUUACUUUCCUGGAUCCCACCCUCCACAGGACAACUCACCAUUGAAUCCGUGCCCCGCGCUGCUGCUGAAGGACAGGAUGUUCUUCUCCGCCAUUCUUCACAAGCAGAGGCUGCAUUCUACAAUUGGUAUAAAGGGAACAGUGUUCUAAUACCAAACAAUCGAAUUGGAACAUACGCAGUACCAUCUGGAAUAUUUACUAGGGGACCAGCCCACACGGGUCGAGAGACCAUAUACCCCAAUGGGUCCCUGCUGUUGCAGAAUGUCACCCUGGGAGACACAGGCACCUACAUGGUACAAAUAACAAAGGCAGACGGAGUGCCUGAGAAACUGACGGGACAGAUCCAUGUAUUCCGUGUCGGGUCUGAAGGAGGUCAGGUCCUCUCUGCUGGGGCCAUCACCGGCAUCGUGAUUGCAGUUGGGGUGUUCCUGGUCGCCGCCCUGGGAUGUUUCCUGUUCCGCACCAGGACUAAAGGCAGCCAGAGUGAUCCUGGACAUCAGCAGCCCCCGGCAUCCACCUCUGGUCGUGAUCAAUCUGACAACUCUGCUUCCAUGCACCCCCUGUAUGCCAACCAGGCGGCUGUUCCCAUCUAUGAGGAUUUACUUAAACCUGACACAAACAUUUACUGUAAGAUCCACCCACGCUGAAGAAUGUCUCCAAGACCUGUUUCAGAGAGGCUGAGAAGAGGUGACCAUUUCAACCCGGGCUCAAUCAGAGUCAGGAAAAAGGCUUCCCAACCUGCUGCCUGCAAUAGGGCAGGGCUUCCAGGGCAAUGGACUGUAGUCGUCAAUCUGGUGACCACAGACCAUCUGGAAAAGACCUGACUACUGAGAUAUUUCCCUCUCAUUUGGUCUCUUUCUGCUCAUGAACAUGAUACCUUCAUAAAACUCACGUGAACCUGG